GCGUAAACAGAGUGGGCGAAGAUGGCGUCGAGUAAGAAGGGUAGUGGGAAUAGCAGAUUGGAGAAAGGAAGACGCUCAAACAAACACAGAGAGGGUCCAGUGGUGAUGGAUACCAAGGCAGUUUUUGCGUCUGUGUACAGCGUGUGUGAAGAAAAUGCCACCUUCUUCUCCGGAGGAGCCAAAGGAUCACAGGGGGAUGCGGCGCGGCGCCUGGUGGCCGCCAUGAAGCUUAUCCAGGAGCACGCUCGCAGUCUGGAGCCGGUCGUCUGCGGCUUUGCUGCCGUUUAUCACCAUUUUGAUUUUGACCCACACAUACCCGCGAAUGGAUAUCGCUCACUGGUCAAGGUUUUGCGUUGCUGCCUUCUCCACAUCAUCCACAAGGGGCGCUACAUCACGGCCAACCGCCGCAGCAUCUUCUUCCGAGUGGCGCACAACGCCGGGGAGAUGGAGGCGUACUGCAACGCUCUGUGCCAGCUCCGCGCCCUGCUCUACCUGGCUCAGCGCAUGCUCCACGACAACAGCUACGGCAACCUGUUCUUCCAGGACGAAAGCGGCCUCAGCGAGAGUUUCAUCCGCGAAUACUCAUCCAUGCACAAGGGCUGCUUCUACGGGCGCUGCCUGGGCUUUCAGUUCACACCAUCCAUUCGACCGUGUCUCCAGACCAUCGCUAUCGGCCUGGUGUCCUUUGGAGAAAACUACAAGCGCCAUCAGUCAGGAAUAGGUGUCGCAGCCAGCUCCUUCUUCACCUCAGGGAAGUACGCCAUCGAUCCAGAGCUGAGAGGGGCGGAAUUUGAACGCAUUACCCAGAACCUGGACGUCCAUUUCUGGAAGACCUACUGGAACAUCACUGAGACCGAGAUCCUGUCGGGUCUUGCCAGUAUGACAUCCACUCAGGUUAAGGUGAACCGAGCUCUUUCGGUGCCCCCUGUGCCCUUCGACCUUCCCUUGGCGGCGAACCACAGAGCAUCAGUAACGAUCCCUUCACCGUCAUCGCACAUCGGCACGGCUCCCGUUCAGAUGAGACUCAUCUCCUAUGACUUACGUGAAGGACAGGACAGCGAAACCCUCCUCUCUCUGUCCCGUUCUGAGGGCGGGGCUAUUUCUCUGUCGUUGGGGUUGAAGACGAAGCGCCUCCCAUCCUCUCCCUACCUCCUCAUCCACUUUCAUGGAGGAGGGUUUGUGGCUCAGACCUCCAAGUCUCAUGAGCCCUAUUUGAAGAGCUGGUCCCAGGACCUGGGAGUGCCCAUCCUGUCAGUGGACUACUCUCUGGCCCCCGAAGCCCCCUUCCCCAGGGCCCUGGAGGAGUGUUUCUAUGCCUACUGCUGGGCUCUGAGAAACCACCACCUACUAGGCUGGACCGGGGAGAAAGUCUGUCUCACCGGCGACAGCGCGGGUGGCAACUUAUGUGUGACGACAUCGAUGCGUGCCGCUGCAUUUGGUGUGCGAAUGCCAGAUGGUAUUGUGGCAGCCUAUCCAGCCACCCUGCUGACGGCCUCCGCAUCGCCUUCCCGUCUGCUCACGCUUAUGGAUCCUCUGCUGCCGCUCAGUGUGCUGUCCAGGUGUCUCAGUGCCUACGCAGGCACUGAGCCGCAGACCGAGAAGCAGGCGGAGAAAGUGAGCACACUGAGCCUGGUGAGGAGAGACACCGCGCUGCUGCUGCGAGAUUUCCGACAGGGCGCCUCUAACUGGAUUCACUCUCUGCUGGAUCCUAACAGAGCGUCUGCCUCUCCCGGCUCGGCCGCAGAGGCGCCGCCAGCAGCCACAGACGCUGUGAGGAAGAGCAUCUCGGAGGCGACCAUCUCCUCCCCGCACGCUGACCCCCCCAUCCCGACGGAGGCCUCCGAGUUCCCCGGCAGAAAAUUAUCUGUGAAGAGCCAGACGUGCCAGGACUUGGGAUCCCACAACCCUUCCUCCCCCCGCAGCACGCCGCCGCUCUCCGAGCGCGCCCCAGAAGAUGUGAAUUUCUUCCUCUCCAAGGAUGGAGAUUCUUCCAUGUCCAGUGACCUGUCUUCAGUGGCCAUACCGCCCCCUGCUGGAGAGGACGGCGCAGAGCUGGAGCACCCCAGGGAGUUUCCUCUGGGGUUUGAGCCGCUGCGGACGGAGCAGCUGGCCGAGAUGAAGGUCCUGAGCUCUCCGGUUGUCAAGGAUCCGUACUGCUCGCCUCUGCUGGCCCCCGACAACUUGCUGAAAGGCCUGCCCCCCAUACACAUCGUGGCCUGCGCGUUAGACCCCAUGCUGGACGACUCGGUGAUGUUUGCCAAGCGUUUGAGGAGCGUGAACCAGCCCGUCACUCUGUGCGUGGUGGACGACCUCCCCCACGGCUUCCUCAGCCUGUCGCAGCUCUCCAAAGAGACCAGGGAGGCCGCCAUGGUCUGCGGGGAGCGGAUCCGGGCCGUCUUCACCCAGGAGGACACGCCCCCCGAGCCACGCAAGCACCGCAAGCUGGAGCGGACCGACAGGGGCGUGUCGUCCCCUUCCGGGGAAACCGGUCCCCUCUUUGUUGACCCCAUGGAGGGAGGGGAGCUCGCCGCCGGCCGAGGGGCUAAAAUUGCCGAUGGGGAGGGCCCGGUUGCCGUGGCAGCCCAGAAUAACACCGACGCUGGAGGUAUCGGCGCUUAAAUGAGAUUAGAAACCGCAGUUCACACAAGAAGUUAAGAGUGAAUGAAAACCCAGACAAAUACAGGCAGGGCAGUGGCUAAGUGGCAGAUCAAGAGAGCAAAGUGAAGAGUGGAAGAGGUGGUCGUCUUCAAGAUGACUGAACGCUUUAGAGAUGAAAGGAAGAAAAGAAAUCGGUGGAACUCUGAAAUGAAACUUGAGUCGGCUUUACAGUUUAUCCACUUGUUCUAUGCACCAGCGCAUUAUCUGGCAGACAAAUUGAACACGCGCGCUCACGACAGCCAUGUUUUAGAAUAAAACGACAAUUUAGCCGCUACUUAGAUCAAAGACCAGCACUCACCCACUCACACUCUUAACGGAGCCAGCGGAGGCUCGGACGUACAGCAACACGGCAGAUUCCUUGGACGAGGCCUGAAUGGGCGAUUCGUCUGGGCGAAGACGGUCGUUUGAGGCCCCUAAUCAGAUCGUGGUAAGCACACUAUAUGCGUCGGUGUGGAGUCGUCCCCAUCUGAGCGGCCACUUGUCCUUUAGGGAGCCACUCUAAAUCACACUUAAUAACUCCACAUUGUGUUCUUCAUUACGCCGGUUUGGCAGUCAAUACGGCUCACUUUGGGAGAGAACCAACGGCGUUGCGAUCCACAAAUGGAAUUAUAAAGCUAAAACACAACCAACGAGCCGAAACCGAAUCAAUCGAGUAGCUUCUCUGAGUUUUCCUUUGCCGUUUUUAAUCACGUUUUUAAACCUAUGCAAGAUUUUUAGUUUUGGUAUUUAUAUCCAUUUUUAUUAUUGUUAUACUCAUAGUCACAACAGACUCGUCUGUUGAUUUGUACUCUUUAUUUAAUGUAAUCUUACUUUGUUUAUUUCAUGUUUUUAAAAUGUGCUCAGUAUUUACCUCUGCUUGUUUAUAUAGCCACAACACUCCGACUUCUCUGGCCUUUCGAAUCAAGUUCACGCACUCCUCUCCAUACACGUUUCUGUGUUAUAUCCUACAUUUACUCUACAGAGUAAAUGUGGGAUAUAACACAGAGACACGGUGUCCUGUGUAGAGUUUGCCUUGUGUUUUUCCGUAGUGCUGAUAGGAGGACUGGGCUGCCAUCAUUUGAUGAGCACCAAGAAGUUGGGCUCGUGUGUGUGUAGGAGAAAUCUGAGCUCUCUCAGAGAGGCGGCGAGUUGUUAUCAUUUCAUCAUUGGAAACAGUUGCUGAGCAUUGUCGUUCUGUAGGAGCAGAGUAAGACAGAGAGGAGCAGCAAAAGAGCCCAGCACCCAGCUAUCAAUACACAUUUUAGACUUCACUGCACUGAUUUCCUCUCAGGCUGUCCCGGUUCCUCCCCCGAGCGUUAUUGCCCACUACUUCUGCGCACAGUAUGCGCUGUGUCAAAGUACCACUUCUCCCUUUCCAAGGGGGAUUUCUGGCUUGACAACCUGUUUUUACAAAUCAGAGGCUUUUAGGCAAAAGCCGGAGGACCCUGACUGAGAAAAGCGGUGACAAAAGUGCCACGUGAAAGCCACCGAAUUUGCACUCGGCGAGCCGAAAGUGGCCGGGGGUCCAGAUAUUUCUGCCCCCGCCCCCGCUGUCACGUUUUAGGGUGGACUUUGUUUUCUGAUUACCUGAGGACAGUCCUCUGAGGAUGUUGCCACCAAAGCACUUUGAAACGCACAAAAAUGCCCUUCAGAAGGGUCAGUGUCUCGAUCGGGUCCAACUAAAUAUAGAUGCCAACAAUACUGGCACUGUCCUGCCCUUGCCCGGUAACAGGACUGGGGUUGCCAGGUCUGUAGAGAGAGAUGCUGUGUGAUGAAUAGGAUUUAGCUGAUGCUCUGAGUGCAAAAAAAAAAAAAAAAAAAAAAAAGAAACCCGUCCCCCCUGUUGAAGAGCAGGAUUUUCAACAGCAAAGUCAUGCUAGAGGAUUAGACCAUACUCAGUCCUGUCAGCUCGAAGUACUUACUGCAAUAUUUUUAGUCAGAUUGAUGGAGAGAACGAGGCCCGUGAAGAGGAAGCUAAGUUAUGCGCUCAGUCUCCUUAAGACGUCGGGCUGAAGUUUGUACUUGCUCUGCUGGCCGCUGUUUAUGCUCAGUGUGCACUUUUGCAGUUUGUCUAUCAGUGCAAGUUUAUUUUAAGCUUGUAUACAUGUCAUUGUUCUGUUCCGAGCUUGCAGUCUGCGUUUGCUCAUGACCACAGUCGAGUGUGAGUCACACGGAGCAGGGAGCUCGUUUGUGGGCUCGCCAUCCAACGGCACUUUAUUGUCAGGAAGCUUUUAAUUGUCUUGUCGACGGCACCCUCCUUGGCGUGGUUGAGAGUGAGACUAUAGUUUGUGUUUGUGAGAAACUAUUGAAAAUACCUCUGCUUUUGAAGGACCGCAGAGGUGACUGGUCAUCAGCACUUUCUUGUAUUAGUCAGAAAUUAGAAGCUUUUAUUUUUUAAGAUUGUGUCAAAUUCAUACACUUUUGUAUCAGCCUUCGUAUGCCUUUUAACACUCCACGAUUCUCCAGGCUAGUCUGAGUGCAUGUGAUGGACCAGAUCGGCUGCUCGGUGUUUGGCUCAGAUCAUUUUUGCUGAUAUGAUCAGUGUCGCAUUUAGACGUUCUGUUCCUGUUGUAAUUUAGUUCGGAGCGUCGAGCUCAUUUUAUUUCAAGGGACCUGUAAAGCCCACUUUGAUCCUCAGAGGGACGGACCAGUGAAAACCAGGACAUAUGGAACAUUUGAAAAAAAAAAAAAAAAAAAGACAAACUCCAGUGAAAUAUCCCUAAACCAUGUCCUCCAAUCGCAGCCUGGAGAAUGCAUGUUUU